ACGUAGUAUUUCGAUAGUGGAAAUAUAGCAAGCAAAAGCCAGCAGGCUUUUAGCCGUUUGGGAAGGAACAAAUGCAAAAGACUGAGGGUGGUCAACGGAUACAUAUUUAGAGCGAAUUCCUAUAUACAUUCAUAAUCAAUGUAAAUAAAUGAAAUUUAGCUGGAAGUGAUUUGCGCGUAUAAUUUUUCGCAUUCAUGUCAAAGUGUAGUGUGCGUGGAUCCAGGAAAAGAAUUUUUCUCUUAAAUUAAUUGAAUUUAUUAAACAAAUACAUAAAAAAUAAGUUAUGAUGCUGCGAAAUAUAAUAGAAAAAUGUGGUUUUACUUCAAAAUCAUCCCAACUCGAUGAUGAUUCACUCGAUCGAAUUUGGCCACCAUACGCGGCGAGCUUGAAUUUCAACGAAUUCGAUCGGUCAAUGUUACAGAAAUGUAUAGAAAUACAAAAACCUGACAGCAAUAAUAUUGAUAUAGGAAGUUUUAUAAAACAAUCAAUGCGUUUUCCCAUUAAGUUUGGUCGCGAUACCUGUCGCGUGAUGAGUCAACCAAAAGAGCGUUAUGUGGAAAUUUCAAAACAAAUCGGUUCGACUUAUCCGUUAAUACAUGAGCGCGUGGUUGGCUUGUAUUUAGCAUACUUGGAAUAUAAAUGUAAAUAUGGUACCGAACUAGAGCGCGCCAUUUAUCAUGACAUGACACUCACUGGGCUUGUACAGCGUUUGUUAGAGAAACGUUGUGUCGCCUUUGUGGGUCCGCUCGAUGACUAUGUGCUUUUGAAUGGGCGAAAGACGUUGGCAAAUUUUUUUGAUGUGGGCACAGUAGAUGAAAAGCCGCCGCUACUACUGAAAGACGUGCUCAGUUAUGAUGAGAUAAAGCUCUCCGCUUUUCUAUCCAUCUCAUCGCACACCGAAUUCCUCAACAAUGGCAGACGUUUCAAUUGCGGCAUCAUCGAAGAGGACAAAUCAAAAAUAGAAAUAUCAGGUGUUAUUAUUGGUAUAAUCGGUGGACGUUUCGAAGUGGAAAAUGUGAUGGAGUGGGAGGAUAUAGUGAUAACACCAAAUCAAAAUACAAAAGAGCGUGGUUACGGUUAUACCACAAAGGCGGCUAAGAAGUCCAAAAACCCCAAGGUGCACUAUCGGCAAUUGUGGCGAACUUUUUAUGAAGAAGAAGAUAUACUUUACGAAAAAGUGGAAAAUACUCCUACAACAACGCGGUUCUAUAAAUUUGAUGUGACACGUUAUUUUUUUGAUAAUCUUUUAAUGAAAAAACGUUAUGCCAUCACUUUUGAUACGCUACUACAUGAGGCUGAAGCGCGUGGUGUUGCAGCUGGCAAACAAAUAUAUCUGCAUGUUGUUGGUAUUGGUUUGGGUGCAUGGCGAAUAGCGCCAUAUCAGAAGAAAAUAUUCCUAAAAACAUUUAAAGAACGCUUAGAGUGUCUGCUGUCAUGCUUAAAUCAUAUUUCGGUCGUGCAUUUCUCUAAUUUCCGACCAUCCUCUGCGAGAGAUUACCUAACGGAUGGUGGUAAAAUUAUGUGUGCAUUACAUCCAAAGGGGGGUAUUGAAAUUUUUGUACAUGAUCGUUAUCCAGCAGAAAAGUUGCCUGCGGCUUAUGAAGAUAUGCUUAUAGUAGAGUCAUACGCCUGGGACGCAAAUGCUUUGCCAGGCAAUGAAUUUUGGAAGGGCGCCCUUACAAGUUCCGGCGAUCCGGCUGCUGCUUGCAGCACGCUUAUUUCUGAGCUUCACAAUCCGCAUAUUAAUACAAAAAUGGUGAAUGGUGAGAAUUUACAUGUGGCCUCGCCGCGUUUUGGUGUUUUGCAUAUAGCCGAAUUUGCCCAAAAAGUUUUAGAGUGAAAUUUAUUGAGGUUGUAUCUCUUUUCUUUUUUUGUUCUUUUUGAGAUUUUAAUGUAACAAAGUGUGCGUUUAGUUUGGUUUUUGUUAUAUUGUAUAUUACUUCUGUCAAUUUUCGCUGCCACGACAUAUGUUGUUCUCUUCGACGUGGCAAUGGCGUGGCGACUCUUUUCACUAUUCACUUUCUACCCCACAAUAUACUUAACUAUUUUCAUAAAUUAUUCGUUUUGUUUGUUUUCAAUAAACACACUACGAAAGCGUCUGAGUGUAAUUACAUAUGUACAUACAUACGAAUAAUUUUUGCGAAUCAAUGUAGAGCAGGAAGCGGAAAAUAUGAUAUUCCGCACUACCGAUCACAAAGUAAACAAAAGUUUUUUCUUUCCGCUUAGUUUAGUUGGCAACGCUAGUCAAAUCGUAGGAUUUUGACAAUACCCAUAAUAACAACAGCUUCGCCCGAAGGGUAAAUUUAGUUAUAAUGAAAAUGUAUUUCACAAUAUACUAUAUCAAAAUAAAAAGGGGAAAUAAGUUUGAGGUAAAUAAGAUCAAAUUAAAAAU